GCCCGGAGCCAGAACCGAGCUGCAUCCAAUUAAGGCGGACUCUCGCCGGGGCAGGUUGCACCAUCAAGGGGGGUCUUGGGAAAAAAAAAAAAAAAAAAAAAGGCAAAAUCCAAUUCCUCCCUGCAGGACAAUGUCGAUGAGCCCCAAGCAUACGACCCCCUUUUCAGUGUCCGACAUCCUGAGUCCUCUGGAGGAGAGCUACAAGAAGGCGGGCAUGGACCACGGGAGCGGCGCGCAGCUGCAGGCGAGCUACCGGCAGCCGCAGGUGUCCCAGGCGGCCAUGCAGCAGCACCACAUGGGCCACAACGGCGGCGUGUCGGCGGCGGCGGCGGCCUACCACAUGAGCGCCGCCGGGGUGCCGCAGCUGUCCCACGCCGCCGCCGCCGCCGCCGCGGUGGGCGGCUACUGCAACGGCAACAUGGGCGAGCUGGCGCCCUACCAGGACGGCAUGAGGGGCAGCGCCACGGCCGCGGGCUGGUACGGAGCCAACCCGGACCCCCGGUUCUCCACCAUUUCCCGCUUCAUGGGCUCCUCCUCGGGCAUGAACAUGGGCGGCAUGGGCGGCCUGGGCUCCCUGGCGGAGGUCCACGCCAAGGGCAUGGGCUCCCUGGCGUCCACCCCGCGGAGGAAGCGGCGGGUCCUCUUCUCCCAGGCGCAGGUCUACGAGCUGGAGCGACGCUUCAAGCAGCAGAAGUACCUCUCGGCCCCGGAGAGGGAGCACCUGGCCAGCAUGAUCCACCUCACCCCCACGCAGGUGAAGAUCUGGUUCCAGAACCACCGCUACAAGAUGAAGCGGCAGGCCAAGGACAAGGUGACCCAGCAGCAGAUGCAGCCGGACGGGGGGUCGUGUCAGCAGCAGCAGCAGUCCCCGCGCAGGGUGGCGGUGCCCGUGCUGGUGAAGGACGGCAAGCCGUGCCAAGGCAGCGGGCAGCACACGCCCGCCGCCGCGCAGGCCCACCCGCACCCGCACCAUCACCACCAGCACCCGCAGCAACACCCGCCGCAGGCCGCCAACGUCAUGCUCAUGUCCGCCGGCGGCAACCAGGCGCACCAGCAGCCGGUGGGCAGCGCCGGGCACUCCCCGGACUUGGGCCCGCACUCCUCCAGCCCGCCCGUGCUGCAGAGCCAGGUGCCCGGCCUCUCGCACCUCAACUCCCCCGGGGCCGAGUACGGCUCGGCGCUGCAGUGCUCGGCGCUCUUGUACGGCAGGACGUGGUGACCAAAACAAAACAAAACAAAACAAAACAAAACAAAAAACCAGAAAGACUUCUCUCUUUUUUCAAGCAUUUUUGGACCAGUGCACAAUACUUUUUUUCUACCAGAAGUGGAACGGUUGGGAUUUAUUUAUGUAAAUUAUAUUGAAAAACAACCCUGUAAAAAUAGGCUUUCAAAGACUUUUUAAUGUCAGCCGCUUAGAUUUAGAAUGUACUUUUUAUUUGGGGUCCCAAUAUUGUACAGGUUUUUUUUCCUCUCUUUUUUGGACACUAUUUGCCGACUUGUUGUCGUUUCCUUGGUAUUUGUACGUCUCAUUUAUUUGUAACUUAUAGAUAUUUGACCACGCAAAAAACAGUCCGACUAAUAAAUUAUGGAUGCAAGUUUGUGGAAUAUUUGCUCUCAAACAAGGAAUGAUAACAAUAAUAACACUAACUAGAUGAGGCAAUUCCUGAAGGAAUUGCGUGCGAAUGCGACCCCGGUAGGAAAUGGAUGGAUGGAUGGAUGUUGACGUUGAACUUCAAAAUGACUAAUUGUUGAAAUAGAGCACACAAUUCCUGAACAGGCUGAAUAUUUCGAAGUUGGAACGGUUUGAAUCGGAUGAAAAAUGUGGGAAUUGUGGAACUUUGGGGAAUGUCCCAUUUAUUUCAAUGGGAAUUUCCCCCCAAAAUUGGGAAUUUCGGGUAAAGCGGGAAUUGUUUUGUUAAAUGGUAAAAAAAAACUUAACUUGAAUGGUCUGAAUGAGUUGAAAUGUUUGGUGUUGAAUUUUUUUAAAUCGGUCGAGAAAUGUUGAAUUUUAAUUGAGAAAUGGUAUUCCUGGAAUUUCGGAAAAACCAGGAAUUUUUUCCAGUUAAAAAAACAACAACCUUGUUUAAGAGGAAUGUUUAGACGGUGGAACGGUUAAAAUACGUUGAAAAAUGUGGAAGGGAGUAGUCGCCAGAAAAAAGGGUGGAAAUAGGGCUUUGGAAAACCAGGAAUUCUGGAAAAUCCUGUAUUUUUUGGAACUUGGAAAAAGGGAAAGUUUGAAUUUCCAGGAUGAGUGGAAUGCGUUGAAGGUGGAAUGGUUUGAAUUGGUUGAAAAAUGUGGAAACGGUGGAAGUUUGAAAAAUGGACAAUUCAUUUUGAAUGGGAAAAAAUGUCCCGGAAAACCUGGAAUUCUGGGAAAUCUGGGAAAUUUUGCAAUUUGUCAUGGGAAAAAACUUGAAUGGUCUGAAUUGGUUGGUGUCGAAGUUUUUCAAAUCGGUCGAGAAAUGUUGAAGUAGUAACAUUUUUAAUUGAGAAAUUGUAUUAUGGAAUACCUGGAAUUUCGGGAAAAACUGGGAAUUGUUUCCAGUUCAAAAAACAACUUUGUUUUUUGUCCUGAUUAAGAGGAAUUUUUUGACGGUGGAAUGGUUGAAAUGCGUUGAAAAAUGUGGAGGGGGUAGUCGCCAGAAAAAAGGGUGGAAAUAGGGCUUUGGAAAAGCAGGAAUUCUAGAAAAUCCUGGAAUUUUUUUGAACUUGAAAAAGGGAAAGUUCAAAUUUCCAGGAUGAGUGGAAUGUGGAAACG